AACCGAGCAAAACACUACAGUGAUAAACUGCAUUGAGGAGACUUUACAAGACCAUUUAAAAGAGUUUUGACACGCUGAGGUUUCUUAUACUUGGACAUAGUUGAAUUUACUAACAGACACAAUGAUGAUAGAUGUUGAGAGUCAGUUAGCUGAAGAAGGAGCGCAGGUGACGGUGUCGAGGAGGAGGUCCGGUGUCUGGCGGGUGUGUGGGGUCCUGCUGGCUGUGGCCCUGUGUGCCGCCGCCGCUGUCUGCUUCACAUUCAACAAGUCUCAGAACAAUCAGGAAAGUGGAAAUGAGCUGAGGCUCACAUUAAGAGACCAUCUUUCAAAAGAAAAUGUCACUUCCAAGGCCGCGAUCCAUUUAACAGGUGCAUAUGACCCUGACGUGUGUACGGACAACCUAGACUGGAAACAGAACCAGGACCAGGCUUUUGUUUCAGGUGGCUUGAAACUAGUGGACAGAGAGAUCAUCAUUCCUUACGACGGCAUUUACUUCGUCUACAGUCAGGUGUCUUUCCACAUCAGCUGCAAGGCUGACGUGACUGAGGAACACGAGGGCGUGCACAUGAGCCACGCAGUGUUGCGCUUCUCGGAGUCCUACGCCAGCUACAAGCCGCUCUUCAGCGCGAUCCGCUCGGCCUGCGUGCACGCGACUGACACUGAAGACCUGUGGUACAACACCAUUUACCUCGGAGCAGCCUUCAACCUGCGAGCUGGAGACAAACUGCGCACCGACACCACCACAGAACUCCUGCCCCGCGUGGAAAGCGAAAACGGAAAGACCUUCUUUGGGGUGUUUGCUUUAUGAGAUCAGAUGCACUCAAAAAAAUCAGUGGAAACAGUACACAGUUUACUGUAAAUAUUUACACGUUUAUUUACAGUUUUUUUUUAAAUACUUAUUUAUUUUAUAUUUAUUAUAUAUUAUUUAUAUUAUUUAUUUUUACAUGUACAGUAUAUGGUACUGCAGUGGACAUUUGUAAAUGCACUGGACAUUUCAAGUCAAAAAUACAUGUAAAUGACAUGCUGUUUAAAUUAAUGUGUAAUGCGAAUGUUAAUAUUGUGUAUUUAUGAGGAGUUUAUUUAUUGAACUAUUCAUUAAAUUAAUGAGAAUGCACUGUCUCUAUAUAACUCGGAUGUGUAAUUUGCAUUUUCUCUGCAAUUUCCAUCUUUGCCUUUUA